GCUGGUGACGGCUCCAUAUGGUGUUAACAACAAGAUGAGCUACUUGUCGGCACCAAGUUCGGGCUUAUUUUCACGGGAUUCCUUCCCCACGUUGUCUUAUACAGGGACAUCUCAAACUUCAAAUCGCCGAAGGGGAGCACGGUUUGUAGUUAGAGCUGAUAGUGUGACUUAUCGAAAGCUUGCUAGGAGUUACCAUCCAGAUGUGAACAAAGAACCUAAUGCAGAAGAGAAGUUUAAGGAAAUUAGCAAUGCAUAUGAGGUAUUAUCAGAUGAUGAGAAGCGAUCUUUAUAUGACAAGUAUGGAGAGGCUGGACUUAAAGGUGCUGGCAUGGGCAUGGGGGAUUUCAGCAAUCCUUUCGAUUUGUUUGAGUCACUAUUUGAGGGCAUGGGCGGCAUGGGAGGCAUGGGUGGCAUGGGAGGAAGAGCUUCCAGGAGUAGAGCAGUUGAUGGCCAGGAUGAAUAUUACAAUCUUGUCUUAACUUUUAAGGAAGCAGUUUUUGGGGUUGAAAGAGAAAUUGAGAUAACCCGACUAGAGAGCUGUGGAACUUGUGAUGGUUCAGGUGCGAAACCUGGGACAAAGCCUUCUAAAUGUAGUACAUGUGGUGGGCAAGGCCAGGUUGUUUCAUCGGCAAGGACUCCUUUAGGUGUUUUCCAGCAGGUAAUGACUUGCUCUUCAUGUGGUGGGACUGGGGAAACAUCUAGCCCUUGCAACACUUGCUCUGGGGAUGGACGUGUAAGGAGGACAAAGCGUAUCAGUUUGAAAGUUCCGGCUGGUGUGGACUCUGGUAGCCGUUUGAGGGUCCGAUCUGAAGGUAAUGCUGGAAGGAGAGGUGGAUCACCUGGCGACCUGUUCGUCAUUAUUGAAGUCAUGCAGGAUCCUGUGCUAAAACGUGAUGACACCAACAUCUUGUACACGUGCAAGGUGUCAUACAUAGAUGCAAUUUUGGGUACCACGAUUAAGGUGCCGACAGUGGAUGGCAUGGUGGAUUUAAAGAUCCCAGCUGGAACUCAGCCAAACACCACUCUUGUAAUGGCCAAGAAAGGAGUCCCUGUGCUAAACAAAAGCAACAUGAGGGGUGAUCAGUUGGUUCGUGUACAAGUUGAAAUUCCAAAAAGAUUGAGCAGUGACGAGAGAAAGCUUAUCGAGGAGCUUGCUGACUUAAGCAAGGGCAAAGCAGCAACCAGUAGAAGAUAG